GAAUUGACGGAAUUCGUGAAAAAGUAUAGCGCGGCCGGUCAAUUCGCGUCUGGACUAGAGGCGCUUAGUAGUGGUACCUUAGUUGAUUACGAUGAUAAAAACACCAAACCUAUUAUUGAAAAUAAAAAGAAUGAUAGAGCAAUGGUUGCAAAUAAAAGUGUUGUUGACUCACCGAAAGCGAAACUUAAAUCGUAUGUCGAAACACACGAGGAACGCGCAGCAAAAGAGGCCGAAGUUAAUCGAGGAAUGAUUGGAAAAUUUUUUGGUUCUCUAUUGGCACUGUUUGGUGUUCGCAAACAUUAA